AAUUUCUUCUCCUAUCUCCUGAAUUCGAUAUUUCCGGCUGAGAGAUCGGGAACACGCCUUCUCAGUAAACCCUAGCUCGAAUUUUAGUUAGAAGAAAGCAUCAUGGAUCAUCAUCAAUGGAAGCCGAUUGAUUUCUCUAAAUCUAUGGCACCAGGUUCCGGCCCUCCAAACUCCGAGCACAGACAAAAGCCGGAGGUAGAAGUGAAGGAUCCAAUAGCUGCAAGAAAAGUUCAGAAGGCAGAUCGUGAGAAGCUGAGAAGGGACCGGCUAAAUGAGCAGUUCCUUGAGUUGGGAAACACGCUAGAUCCUGAUAGGCCGAAGAAUGACAAGGCAACCAUUCUUACGGACACAAUCCAAGUGCUUCAGGAUUUAAAUACAGAAGUCAACAGGCUGAAAGCUGAGUGUGCUUCACUCUCUGAAGAAUCACGUGAGCUAAUGCAGGAGAAGAAUGAGCUCAGAGAAGAAAAGUCAUCUUUAAAAGCUGAUAUUGAAAAUUUAAACACUCAAUAUCAGCAGAGACUUAGAGUUAUGUUUCCAUGGGCUGGUAUUGAUCCCCCAGUUGUAAUGGCUGCACCUUAUACGUAUCCAUUGCCUAUACCUGUAACUCCAAGCCCAAUACCAAUGCACCCAUCAUUGCAGCCAUAUCCCUUUUUUGGAAAUCAUGCUCCUGGCACUAUUCCUGCUCCCUGCUCAACAUUUAUUCCUUUCUCAACAACCAGCAAUCUUCCUGUGGAACAGCCAUCAUCACAGCAUGCAUCCUCCUCUCAUGUUUCUAGCAGAAGGGAAUCCAAAAGCAAAUCAGUGAAUGAUCAAAGAACCAGUGUUGAUAGAAGUGACAAUUCUAAUGAUGUAGUGACAGAACUUGAACUUAAGAUCCCCGGAUCAUCAGCAAACCAGGAUUUGGUUGCUGUAGAAAAGAAAAGCAAGCAAACACAGAAGGAAAGAAUUUUUGUGAAUGAGAGCUCUCCAAGCCAUUCAUCUCAAGGUCUUCCAGAUAGCUCUUGUAACAGUGUAGAUGAUGGCUCAAGAUCUAGUCAAUGAAGAACUACAGUCAUUCCCAUCGACUCUCAAACUGCUAACAUCUCUUAUUUAUCGUAACAUGCUGAAGCAAGGAUGCUUUCUUCUGGCUGCCUGAUACGUCCUGGCUAUAGGAGGGGCGGGGAAAAUUUUUUUGCACACCACAUUGCCAGCCAUUGUGAUUUAUCCAAAAAUUUUGUAAUUAUUCUCUGGGUGCACUUUGUAAAUGACUUGCCGUGAUAUCAUCCUGUGGAUGAAUGUGUUUUGUAUAUUAUCUUUGUAUGCAAGUCAUCAACCACUCCGUGGUCUUUAGCUGUUAGUCUAUUAUAUUAUUUGUAGUUUAGUCAGCACAACCAUGUAUUAUCCGGUAAGUGGGGAAUGAUCAUAUGAAGUUAAUGAACCAGUUUUUGGUCCAUUUGUUCUGUACUAGGCCUGAAGUCCUCAGAAACCCAGAUAAUUCCCUUGACUUGUCUUCUUUGAGACAAAAGAACAGAAUCACAUAAAUCCAGAAUAUUUUU